AUGUUAGUUGCACGGUACACAAUGAGGUGGUUAGUCUGUUCGAUCGUGUCUUUGUCCCUGGUGCUAGUAGCGGUCGGCGAGUCGUUGAACAGUGGCGAUGUGUGCAAAACACCGUCCGGUACGGGUGGCAUCUGUGAGUCGGUGAAAAACUGUUCGUACGUGAGAAAGAUCGUGCAAAGUCAGGACUUUUCGCACUACGAUACAGAAUAUCUGGAAUCGCUGCAAUGCGGUGAAAUGGAGGUUCCGAUGCGGAAGAAACCUAUUCCAUUGGUAUGUUGUCCAAAGUUCGGCAAUUUACCGACGUGUGGUGCACAGCAACUAGCCGAUCGGAUCUAUUUCGGCGAGGAAACGCAACGAGGCGAACAUCCGUGGGCUGCCCUCUUGUUCUACAAUGUUGGAAGAAAUCGCAUCGUGCCUAACUGUGGUGGUGCGCUCGUUACCCAGCGAUAUGUGAUAACGGCGGCACACUGCAUCGUAGACAAACCAAAAUGGAAGCUACUUUACGUGCGUUUCAACGAGUUCAACACGAGCAGCCCGGAAAACUGUACCACUUUGGACGAUUCUGAUGAAGUCAUCUGCCGGGCGGACUACGAGGUGGAGUCAAUUACACCGCACCCCGAGUACGACAUGCACAUCAAUUCGCGUCCCAACGAUAUCUGCAUCCUGCGACUCGCUUCCGACGUCACGUUUAACGACUAUGUACGUCCCAUCUGCUUACCCUUCGAUCUCGACAUCCAAAAUCUUCCGGUUACGAAUGAAACGUUCACCGUUACCGGUUGGGGAGAAACAGAGGAGAGAAUACCCAGCAGUGUACAGAAACACGUAGAUUUGCCCGGGUUAGACAAUGAGCAGUGCAACUCGGUGUACGCCGUGGCAAACGUCACCCUCACGGACAAGCAGUUGUGCAUCGGUGGCUUGAAUGGUUCUGAUUCUUGCCGGGGAGAUUCCGGUGGACCACUGAUGCGUGAGGCGGGUGGUGGUUGGUUUCUUGUAGGGGUCGUUAGUUUUGGUGCACGAAAUUGUGGAUCGUACAAUUUGCCCGGAGUGUACACAAAUGUCGCGAAAUAUUUGGACUGGAUGGAAACAGUUAUGUUCGUUCAGCAAUACUUGUAA